UUCCCUCUUCCGGCGCGCACAUCUUCAAGCCGGCGGCUGACUGCGAGUAUGAGGCGGAUGGCUUGGAGUCAUUCAUUCAAUCGACGUCCAUAAGAAUUGAAUAUUAUAGGUCGUUUGAGUAUUGUGUGAAGUGGAAAUUACCUAUGUAUCCCAGACGCUCCUCCAGACCACCAAAGGCUUCCAAGAGGAGUCCCCAGAGAAGUCCCAGUCCAAAUGAAGAAGUUAUCCAGCGCAGGUGGAGGGGUAAGAGACAGAGCACAGGACUGAGGGACGCCGAAGCUGAUGACAACCUUGUCAAUACAGACAAGGAGGAGGAGGACCGGGACAUCAUCGACGUCAUCAACAGCACACUUCAGGCCAGGUGUGUCACAGAGGAGGAUGAAGUAAAGUUUGUAGAGGUGACGGACGAAGGAGUCGACGAUUCAGAUGAAGACUGUGUCUCUGUCACCAGCAGCAUAGCCUCUGGUCCUUCCGUCCUACAUAACAGUGUCUCUCCGAAGAAACUGAGGCCUCCACAGGGCUUGUGCUCCGCCUGUAAGACUCUCUACCAGAAGGCCAAAAAAAUGAAGGCACCGAUUAAAAGCAAACUCUUAAACAACGAUCCCAAGUCCCUGACAUGUGACCAGUGGGUCCUCAUCAAGAGCUGGAGACCAAGGAGGCUGCCUAAUGCGAGAGGGAAGCUUUUGAUCCGUGUACAGCUGGUUAAGAAAAGACUCGCGGUCAACAAUGGUGCUAAUCGACCUGCACGGUGUGGUGGAGACUCACCAGCCUGCUCCAGGCCGCACGCUUUCCUUCAGAGGAACCUUAGACGGCGUGUCAGGGUGCCGGUGAAAAAGAAGAGCAGGAGGAAGAGGACGAGAGACGGUUCUCAGGGUCGUCGCGUCGCUAAGCAGCAGCGUCUCCUCAGCAACAAUCGCGGCCAACGCGUCAGCAGUAGCCCGGCCAGCGGUCCCAGUGGCUCUGCUGGUUUUGAGGGUCGCAGCGAUCAAGAAGUCAACGAUGAGUCGGACACGAAUCCGACUCUUGAGUUGAUUCCCUCCACGGUCACCAUGGAAACCACCAAGCCAAGGGAGGUCCCGCCCGAGCAGAAAGCACCAAAGAAGAAGACGACGACGACGACGGGCGGAUUCAGAGACUUGCUUGCCCAGCUGCGUGGCAACAGCAGCAUGAUCGUCAGAGAAACACGCUAGCGAGGGGACUCCGCCUCUUGUUGUUAAGCUACUUACAUUAUUCAGUCAAGUAUUCGAGCUCUGAUGUAGUGUUUACUCAUGCUUUUUGUUCAGCUAUCAUCAUAAGCAUUACCUGGAGGCAUACUCACGGGUUUAUUGGCAAAGUACUGCUGCAGUUUCACUUACUUGCAUGUUAUUUAUUUGUUUUUCUUGAAUUUCGAAAUAGUAUUUAUUUGAAGUUGAAUUCAACAGGACGAUUGUGAAUAAAUUAGUUUUUUUAAUGCUGUUUUUUUACCGUAUCGCUGGAUACACAGAUUUUAUAUUUCCAUCACUAAUAGAACUGCAUAGCGCGGUGUCCUCACGGCAUACGAAUGCAAUGCAGGGUUUAUACUAGAGCACUGACGACGUUAAGGAUACCAUGUUUUUGUGUGUGCUGUUGUCCCACAAUGCAGUUUGAUUUCCGGCAGUGCGCAGUUGCAUAGUUUCCUCUUAGUAAGGAACGUUGAUUUAAACAUUUUCUUACAACUGCAUAAAGUAUAGCGAUCAUAUUGUAUAUAUUUAUUAGGUACUAUGAAUUUGGGACACAGUGUAACCCUGCUCUGUUUACCGUGAAUAUUAAAUGAAUAAAUAUCU